AUGGAUGACGUUUGGCCAAAAAUCGAGAGGACAACGAUACCAGCGUCGGUUCCAGAGUCUCCUUUGAACUUUGAUGAGAAACCGCCAUUCAACAGAACGAUCAAUGUUUAUCCAUUAACAAACUAUACUUUUGGCACGAAAGAAGCGCAAGCGGAGAAAGAUAAAUCAGUUCCGGAGAGAUUCAAACGUAUGAAGGACGAGUAUGAAGUGGUAGGAAUGCGGAGAUCUGUAGAAGCAGUUCUGAUUGUUCACGAGCACUCUCUACCACAUAUUCUACUUCUUCAAAUAGGAACUACUUUCUAUAAAUUACCAGGAGGAGAGUUGGAAAUCGGAGAAGACGAGGUGUCCGGAGUGACACGUCUUCUGAACGAGACUCUCGGAAGAACUGACGGCGAGACGAAUGAGUGGACAAUCGAGGAUGAAAUAGGCAACUGGUGGCGGCCAAACUUUGACCCGCCGCGUUAUCCGUAUAUCCCAGCACACGUGACUAAACCUAAAGAACACACAAAGUUGUUGCUUGUUCAGUUGCCGUCAAAAUCAACAUUCUGCGUUCCGAAAAACUUCAAACUCGUCGCUGCGCCACUCUUUGAACUCUACGAUAACGCUGCCGCCUAUGGACCACUGAUCUCGUCGCUUCCAACGACUCUAUCGAGAUUCAAUUUCAUCUUCAACGAUUCCAACUGA